ACGAAGCGAGUAAUUCGCUAGUGUUAUAACGUGGCACAGACCCGGUUCCUGACUGGUUUCGGCGAGAACAUUUUGUUUUCUCGUUUGGCAUAUCCUGAUUCCUGCGGCGUCUGGUUAGCUACAGACUGUUGUACACAUGAGCGUAACGAUGCAGCAAGCUGGGCAUGUGACGACGAAGGCGCCAGCAGUGAACUCGCGUUCGCUUCUGCCAGGGCUGGGCCGGUCGCCCGCGCUCAUGUCGCGCCUUGCGCAGGGCGGUGCGCGCAGAAGUGCUGCUGGCCUCGGCAGCGCGGCGCUCCCGGCCCGGCGGCCCCAGCGCCCGGCGCCAGGCACCGCUCGCGUGUCGGCGUCGCUGCAGGCAGUGGCGGCGCCGGCACACGCCGCCGCGGGCGCUGCGGGCGGAGCCAAAAGGAAGAGCAAGGGACCAGCGCCCAUUAGUCAGGCCAGGUUUGACGAUGUGGGUCUGUCCGCCACGGCCGAGCAGCUGGGUGACACCUACACGGUGCGCCUGCGGCUGGACGCCCCGCGCGGCAUGACGCUGCACUGGGCGGUGGACGACUGGCUGCUGCCGCCGCAGGCCGCGUGGCCGGCAGGCACCGUCAAGAUUGAUGACAAGGCCGUGCAGACCGCGUUCCGGGACGGCGCCCUGGAGCUGACCUUCCCCGCGGAGGUGUGCCCACACCGCCUCACGUUCGUGCUGAAGCAGACGCAGGACGGUGAGACCUGGUUCAACAACGGCGGCUCCAACUACGCUGUGCAGCUGCGCGCACCGCCCAUCGACUCCUUCGUCAAGAAGGUGCUGGACGCCGAGGGCAGCUUCAGCCACUGGUCGCUGGUGCAGCGCCUCAUGCUGGCCACGGAGGUGCUGGACGCCGCGGACAGCGCGGGCCCUGCGGGCAUGGCGCUCAUGUUCACUUGGCUGCGCCUGAGCUCCACUCGUGUGCUGGACUGGUACCGCAACUCCAACUUCCAGCCCAAGGACAUUGCGCACAUCCAGAAGCACGCCGGCGAGCGCAUCGCGGAGAAGGCCCGCUCCUCCGAGUACGCGCUGAACCGGCUGCUGGCGCGCGGCGCGCUGGCGGGUCUGCCGCGCGGCGGCGGCAACGGCGACGAGAUCCGCAUGGGCAUCCUUCACAUCAUGCGCGGCAAUGGCAUCCGCGAGGGACACCGCCCCGGCUACGACGAGCCGUUCCUGGAGCAGUGGCACCAGAAGCUGCACACCAACACCAGCCCCGACGACAUCGCCAUCUGCGAGGCCUACCUGGCCUUCCUGCACAGCGGCAACGCGGACGACUACCGGCGUGUGCUGUGGGAGUCCUCUGGCGGCCGCCUGACGCCCGAGAUCAUGGCGUCCUGGCCCAAGCCGCUCAAGGCCUGGCCGCACCACCUGCCGCACCUCAUCGAGCCCUUCAAGCACUACCUGUGGAUCCUUAAGACCACCCACUCGGGCGCCGACCUGGACACAGCCAUGGAGAUGGCCAAGGGCCACAUGGACGACGACCUGCGCUGGACCAUGUACGACAUCCUGGGCCACCGCAACGAGUGGUGGGUGCCGGGCAAGAUCGUGGAGGCCCGCCAGCGCCUGGCGCAGUACUGGAAGGCCCCCGGCUCCAGUCGUGACCUGCUGCUGCUGGACAUUGCGCUGGAGAACUGGUUCCGCACCAGCCUGGAGCGCACGGACCUGGGCGCGCUGGGCGGAGACGACCUUGUGGAGUGCGUGGGGCUGGUGCUGCGGGGAGCGCUGAUCACGCACGACGACACGGACCUGCAGCAGUGCGGCUCUCUGUGGGAGCGCGUGCGGGCCACCUCGGGCCACCCGCUGCCGGGUGAGCGCUGGAGCAAGGCGUGGGCGCUGGCGGCCCUGGCGGCUGCUGAGCGGCUGGGGCUGAGCGUGGCGGCGCACAUGGACGGACUGUACGGCCUGGUCCAGCCCCACGCGGAGGCGUUCGGCGCCGCCUGCCGCCUGGACUCCACCCACGUGGCCAACUUCGGCGAGGAGGUGGUGCGCGGGCAGCCCCUGUUCCUGGUGUCGCUCAUGCUGCAGAAGCUGGAGCCGCAGCUGAGGGCGGCGGCGGGCGGGGCGCCCUGGCAGGUCGUGAGCCAGCCGGGGCCGGGCGGCGCGGUGGGUCUGGUGCAGGCUGUGGGGUCGCUGGCGGAGGUGCAGGGCCGCACGUACGACAAGCCCACGCUGCUGCUGGCGGCGGCGCUCACGGGGGUGGAGGACAUCCCGGCGGGGGUGGUGGGCGUGCUGACACGCAGCAGCACCGACGUGCUGUCGCACCUGGCCAUCCGGGCGCGCAGUCAGCGUGUGCUGCUGGCCACCUGCUUUGACGACGGCGCCUGGGGCCAGUGGCAGGAGCUGGCGGCAGCAGGCCGCACCGCCGCCGCCGCCGUCGAUCCAGCCGUUGGCGCCGUCAUACCCGCGGACGCGCCCGCCGCCGUUGCUGGCGGCGCCGGCGGCGCUGCCGCCACUGGCGGUGUGCCUGUUGUGUCUCUGCAGGCGCCCGAGGCCACCAGCGCUUGGGCGGUGCGGGAGGACCAGUUCCGGCCCAGUCUGGUGGGAGCCAAGGCGCUCAACCUGGCCAAGCUGCGCAAGGCGCUGGGCCUCAGCGGCGCCGGGCCCGAGGCCGGCGGCGUCAGCAUCGGCGUCAGCGGCGUGGGCGUGCCGGCCUCCGUGGCGCUGCCGUACGGCUCCUUUGAGCGCUGCCUGCGCGAGGAGCCGCGCAACGCGGCGGCGGCGGCGGAGGUGGCGCGCCUCACGGCGGCGGCGGCGGCCGCGGCGGCGGGCGGCGGCCUGCCCAAGGCCGAGCUGGAGGACCUGCGGCGCCUGGUGUCGGAGGACCUGGUGGCCCCGGUGGAGCUGGUGAAGCAGCUGGCGGUGGCGGCGGCGGCGGCGGGCCUGGUGCCGGCGGCGGCGGCGGAGGCCUGGGUGUCGGAGGCGGCGGCGGACGGCGGGCUGUCGGGCGGCUCGGCGGACGACGAGGAGGACGGCGGCGCGGCGGCCGCCAUGCGCUGGCCGGCGGUGUGGGCGGCUGUGUGCCGCGUGUGGGCGUCCAAGUGGACCGACCGCGCCUGGCUGAGCCGCCGCGCCCUGGGCCUCAAGGAGGAGGACCUGUUCAUGAGCGUGCUGCUGCAGCAGGUGCUUCCCUUCAACUACUCGUUCGUGCUGCACACAUCCAACCCCGUCACACAAACGCCGGGCGAGAUGCUGGGCGAGGUGGUGGUGGGUAUGGGCGAGACGCUGGUGGGCAACUACCCCGGCCGCGCGCUAGGCUUCACGGCGGACCUGCUGGACGGAGGCAGCGGUGCCGGCCCCACGCUGGUGUCGCUGCCCUCCAAGCGCACGGCGCUGCGGGCGCCCGGCGCCGCCACCCUCAUUGCGCGCAGUGACGCCAACGCCGAGGACCUGGAGCAGUACGCCGCGGCGGGACUGUACGACAGUGUGACGCUGCAGCCGCUGGUGUCCACGCCGCCCGACUACGCCUCGGAGCCGCUGAUGGGAGACCCGGGAGCGCGCACAGACAUGCUGGGCCGCCUGACGGGGCUGGGCAAGACCGUGCAGGCCGCGUUCGGCGGCCGCGACCAGGACGUGGAGGGCGGCCUCACGCCCGACGGCCGCCUGUUCGUGGUGCAGGCGCGGCCUCAGGUGGAGUUCCAACACAAGUGAGGGCGCUAGCGAGCGAGCGAGCAGGCGCCCGCGAGGUGGCGUACGUGGAGGUAUGUACGGGCAGCGCUGUGGCGGUGGCGGUGGCGCUGGUUCAGCACUUGCCCGCGGGCGAGCUUGGAGGCGUGUACAUGUUUGUGUCGUAGUGGAGAGUUAGCGUUGUGGUAAGCGUUGUUUGCCAGGGUCUUCCCAGGGGGGUCCCUAGAUUUUGGUAUGUAUUUUUCCGCGGAAAACUACCUUUCUUUCUUGUCCCGCAGCAUUGUCACUUUUGGUAGCUGAAGGUUUGUUGGGUUGUUUUUUAGUCCCUUUUGGCCAGUCUUUUUUGCAGCGUCGCUCGUGUGGCGGUUGGCCGCCAUUGUACAAGUUGUGACGACGUGCACGCGUGCCAUGCAACAUGGAACAGAGCAGUGCGUAGCAGUGCACGAUGCACGGCAUGUACAGGUUUUGGCAGGGCGCUCGGAUGAGAGAGACAAAACAGCUGCAGUGCACUGCCACGUUGGUGCUUGCAAAUGAACGUGUUGGCACGCACGGGGUCGGUCAUCGGUUCGUGGCGUGGAUCGGAGGUGCGUGGAGUUGUGGAGGAAGCAAUGCAAGUGCAUCGCACCGCCAAGGUUAGCGCGUUCUCUGUCAACUUGAAUGACGAGCACAGGCUAGGGCUGUAAUCUACAUAAAUUUAGGGCGGACCUCUCAGGCGGCACGGGGCGGGCGCCCCCGCGCCCAGGACUCCGCCUGUUCACAUUUUCACGCUUUCACGCCCAGGACUCCUCUCUUGCAUACGACCAUCUGCCCAUCUUGUUUCGACAGCAACGCGAGGCCCACAAGGGCGUCGAAUCUUAUCUAUUGUGAGGGUUGUCGCCGCCCGAGCGCCAAUCUCGUUAACAGUACCAUAAGCAAACAAGGCGUUUGACCAUAAGCGCAGGUCGGCAGCCAACCAGGGGGCGGGUGUUGUUUCUCUGGGUCGAAGAUGGCCCCUCGCGGCGUGGGUACGGCGUGCCCCCGCUUGUCGGGCUGUCCCUUCACUUGUAAUCCGCAUCCAUA